AUGUUUCCGUCAUCCGUCCGGCGCGUCGUCUCCCCGCAGACGGGGUUGGCUUCGACCUUGGCCUCUUCCGCCCCUCGAUCCCUCGCUGCGACAGUUCCCGUUUUUGUUCGUGGUCACCAACGGCGCUACUCGUCCUCCAAGCCCUCGAGAUCAGAUAAUGGCUCUAGCGACAUCUCGACAGGCCAGUCGGUCACGGCUUCCUCCAGCACCUCGCGAAGUGAGGGCAAGACCGGCACUGAGAAGAGGAAACGGAAGAGCAAGGAUGCCUCUGACAAAGGCGCCUCGUUCAAGAAGCUUCCCAGUGUUCCCAGCACUCACCACAUGUCUCAAGAAUCCCUCGGCCUAUCCAGCUUCUUUUCACUACAUCGCCCCAUCUCUAUUACUCAGACCAUGCCAAGAGCUGUAACCGACGAACACUUUGCAUCGAUUUUCGCCCCACGAACAAAGGCAAACAGAGUCUCCGACGCCAUGUCCACAAUAUCUAGCACUAUCGACCACUUGGAAGGUCCCAUGGCACAAUUGACAAUUGGUGGCCAUGAGGACCAGGGCAUGGCUGACGGCAUGCAAAGGCUCGAAGUGCGAAAUCCCGACGGUAGCGAGUCUAGCGUCUAUCUCCAGGUUGAUACCAUGUCAGGCGACUUUUUGCCGUUCCGCCCGCCGCCUCUGCCUCAAGCACAGUCGGCCGCUGAAGCCGAUGGUCUUAUCGCUGAGGCAGAAACUGUUGAAGAAGUUCCACACCACCGGGUCUACAAGGCCAUGUUCACCAUUGAGGAGUCUACCGAACCCGAUGGCCAGAUUCGCAUCGUUGCGCACAGUCCACGCAUCGUCAAUGACGAACAGCCACGAAGCUUUUUGGGACGUAUGGCGCAGCGACAACUCCGAGCCGACGGAGUCCGGGGACGUCGCGACAUGUACGCCAUCAGCGUCAAGAGACAACGAAAGCUCAGGAUGAAGAAGAAGAAGUACAAGAAGCUCAUGAAGCGUACCCGAAAUCUCCGCCGAAAGCUGGAUAGGACGUAG